AUUUUCGGCGGGGCGUCUGGAAUCUGGGUCCCAAUGGUUCCCUCAGACUCGCAUGAUCUGGGCGAUUCCUGGAUAGAAGUCACUCCACAAAGUUUGGGUUACAACCAAAAUGGUUUUAGUUAUUCAGGUAUCCAUGUUCUCAGUAUUAAUUCACAGACACUAGGUUCCCAGGAGCCUGGGGGUCUCCAUACCAUAGUUGAAGAAAGGUUACUAAGUCUCUUCCUCUCAGAAGCCCAAGAACAUUCAGACAGAGCAAGCGAUGGUUCUCUGCCUAGCCCAUUAUCACACGACGAACUUCACAGUGGUGAUACAUCUGAACAAUCUCACUCUACGUAUCAAAAUAUAAGUAUGGCCAAAUUCCCCACUGCGAGUUUUCCAACUGACUUUCCAGUUACAAGCUCUGGAGAAUGGGCUAGUCGACCUGAAAUUGGAGCGUACACUGCACUGGCAUGUCAGACAAAUGAUUCUAAAGAAAGCGUAUCCAGUCCUCCUAAUUGCUCAUCUCCAAUUAACGGCUCGUGGUAUCUACGCAACUCGGCUUUUAUGAAAUCGCGUUUCAUUGGUUGGUUGCUUGAUCAUAUUCCAAAUAUAUUAAGCCAUGCGACUACAUUCCUGUUGGGAGCAAUUACGUAAGUUUUAGAUCAUUUAUUGAGUGGAUAUAUUUGGUUCGUUGUGUUAUUAUACUUGUGGAUCUGAACUAAAUUCCAUUCAUCGUAAAUGAGAAACCCGCUUCAUGGUACACAGAUACAAGUCGUGUUCAGAUCUAUAGCUUUGUUAUCAGUCAGAUUCACAAAGUGUAGUACUAUCUUGGAAUAUCUCAAACUUCAUCCGUAAGAACUAUCUAAAAAUAACACAGUUGAUAGUUCCAUUUAUAUAGUAAUUAAUUUAACAUCCAUAAAGUUAUACUAAAUCUAAACAUAAUAGUUAUCUUUUAUCUUGUGUUGAAACUACUUUGAUGGGAUGUCAUAACUUAAGUGUAACUCUGUUGAAUAUGCAUCAAUUAUCUGUAGUCAUAUAUUUCCUCGGAUCGGUUAUAUUUUUACUUAAAAGUAACUUUAAAAGGUGUUGUCGUUAAUACAGUUAUUUUGAAAAAAUGGGCUGCAAACUUGGUGUAAUAUAAAUUAAUAAGAUUGUAAUGUGACAAAUAGAUUAACUUGUGUGCAUGUACAUCUACUUAAAUUAGAAUUUUGAAAUGCGGAAAUUUUAUAGAACUCAAAGGCCAAAUUGCAAAAAUAGUAGUUUUUUUACCCAGUGAUGCAGCGUUCUAAAAUCUGUUUGUGUACUCCCUUUUUAGCGCAUGAAGCUUUCGAUUUCAGAGAACUUAUCAAUAUUUACUUAUUUUUUAGUAGAACAGUAUAAAAAGAAUAAUUGCUGACGUUUGAAUAAUACUUAUACAUUUUUAAAUGAAGCAUGAAGGAAAGAGGUUAAAUUCUGAUACUAUGCCUAAAAUCUAUAUCUAACAAUCUAGUCUUAAUUGGUCGUAGAACAAGUAACCUACAUACUAAGAGAUAUUUUCAUGUCCGGAAUUUAUUCGUCAACAGCCUUCCUCAUUUUUCGCACUGUAAUCUUUGAGUCUACUUCAGUGUGUCGUUUUCGUGUUUUUAAAUUUUUAUCUGUAUUUGUAAACAUCUAGUAAGCAGUAAAUAGAGCUCACGAAUGUUUACAAUAAAAAAUUCUUUCGAGAAACGUUUAUCUGUUUCUAUUUGUUUGUAGAAAGUUUUUCUUUAAUUGCCUUCUUAACAACUGUAUGCAACAUAAUUCUUUAAAAUUUGUACCUCAAUAUAUUCCCCCAAAUGCCCUGAUAUGGCCGAGAGUGGGGUGGGCCCUCCCUCCCUCUCGAAAUGCUCUCACACGGCCACGCGUAUACAGCCUCUGCCAGGCAAGUCCCACUCACUGCCUUCCCGUGGCGGGAGUGUUGUUUACGAAAUUGAGAGGACGAAAAGCGAAUGUCCGGCGUUUUAACCGAACUUCAAACCAAUGGUGCACAUGGGGUUCAGUAUCCUGAAGGAACAGAUGGCGUAUGAACCAAUCGUUGGUCACCGGCUACCAUGGGACUGCAUCUCCUCAUGAUGCUCCACUGCCUUGUCGGUCAGACCUUUAGGUCAAAGGCUCGGGUAGUGGCCCCCUAAGGUAACCACCUGCUUCGGUCUGGGCACCCGGGUAGUAUCACAGCCUUCACACAAAUCGGGUGAUUUAUGUGGCGCAUAUCUACUUGGUGCCUCCUUGUACCAAUAUCUAUGUGUUAAAAUAAAUAAAAUAAUAGUAAUCAAGAUUUAUCAAUGUUUUGUUUAUUUUUCUAUUCAUAGCAUGCUUUUAUUCAUCCGAAAACGUGCAAGGUUCACAAAAGUACUAAACAUACCUUUGGAUUAAAUCACACAGUGAAUAAUCACUUGAUUUGACUAAUCAAAAAAUAUUUUUUACAAUAAAAUUCAUUCAUCAGUUUGUACACUCACAUUAAGUACUAAAGGUGAAAUAGGUUUUCUGCUGGUUUCGUUUUGUUCUUUCUUUUAAUUACCUUUUGUUUUACCAUAUAUGUUUAACGUUGUGGUUGAUUAUUAUUGGUGUUUUUGGCCUUUAAUCAUAUUAUAAAUAUAUUUCUUUCGUUAUUAACUCCAAACUUCAUCGCACAUAUAUUUGUAUACACAUUUGUGGUUUCUUUAUUUUGCAUACUAAAUAUUACCUUUAAUUAUCAGUAAUAUAUUAGAAGUUGAGUAUAUAUUAAUUGUAUUCAUGAACGUAACUACUUUCACAUUCUUUGUUUUUUGUCAUUAUCAAUAUUUUAUAUUUUCAUUUAUUUAAAUGAACGUUUAAUUUUCCUAUUUGUGUCAGAGAAGUUUGAAUAUUUUUGCGCAAUAUUAUUAUUCUUAUUAUUGUUAAUUUUUUCUAAUAUAUGCAAACAUACUUUCGUCAUAUUUUAUCAUCUUCACUUUUAUUUCUUAGUGUUCUUUUAAAAGAGAUAAUUAAUAAUGGGAUCAUUUGCUUAUUUGUUUAACUAUUCUAAAGAUUAAUUAAAUUAUCUCUUCGUCAAUAUUUGUUUCUAUGAUGAUUAUCUUUUUUUUACAGAAAAGAAUAUUUUUACUGUUCCUUUUUGUCUUUAUUUAAAAGUUCCUUCAUACUGGUGGUUUACUCAAUCUAUUCCUACUUUAUUAACUUUUAGGAGAGAUU